CAUUCACGUGAUUAAACCGGAACUUCCCGAUAACCUGCCCCGCGCGGGGUUGAUAUUAAUUCCCCCUCAUUUCCACCCUUUUGUUUCAACAAACGUUCAUUUCCAGAACGGGGCAGACAAAGCAAUGGCUUCCGUUUAUGGAGAUCUCCAUCACUUAUUACCGGGCAACUACAAACGCUUGGUCACCUCCUGGCUAGAGGAGGACUGCCCCAGUUUUGACUAUGGUGGAUUCGUCGUCGGGGAGUCAGAUGGUGAGGCAAGGUUGUUGGGGAAAUCCCAGGGAAUAGUUGCAGGUGUUCCAUUUUUUGAUGAAGUUUUUGCCCAAUUAGGAUGCAUAGUGGAAUGGCACGUCCAAGAAGGCGAAUCUAUCGAGCCCAUCAGACAUUGCGCUACCGUUCGCGGGCCAAUCCGCAAGAUCCUCCUCGGAGAGCGUGUCGCCCUCAAUAUUCUCGCCCGGUGCUCUGGCAUCGCAACCAAAAGUGCCUCGUUAGUAGCUGCUCUUCGUGCCCACGGCUGGGGUGGGACACUCGCUGGUACUCGUAAGACCACACCUGGAUUUCGUGUGGUUGAGAAAUAUGGUAUCCUUGUUGGAGGUGCUGAUCCGCACCGGCACGAUCUCAGUUCGAUGACGAUGCUCAAAGAUAAUCAUGUCUGGGCUUGUGCAAAUAACAGGGCAGCUAAGGAUGGCGGCGCUUCCGCUUCGACCGAGUCCAUCGCCGCUGCUAUACCUCGGGCGGUUAACGCAGCUAAGAUGGCUGGUGGCUUUGCGACCAAGGUUGAAGUUGAAUGCCGGUGUGUCGAGGAGGCAAAUGCAGCAAUUGAGGCCGGUGCGGAUAUUAUAAUGCUGGAUAAUUUCACCCCGGACGGUGUUCGUGAAGCAGCUAGGAACCUGAAGCAAAAUUGGGCCGGCAAGAAACAAUCGUUCCUCAUUGAAGUAAGUGGUGGGCUGAACGAGACCAAUGCUGCUUCUUACGCCUGCUCGGACGUCGACAUCAUCUCCACUAGUUCGAUCCAUCAGGGCACCAGCAUCGUCGACUUUUCUCUCAAGGUUGCGCUGCGGUGAUAUCCUAUGGUUGAGGAUCUGAUACGCGGUAACAGGGCCGAGUCACAACGCCAUUUGUAGAUUUAUAUGAAAAUUUUAUGUAUGAAUACCUAUCAGCCCCGCAAUGCAACAUGAUGAUCGUGCAGAGUAUGUUCGAUUACGCUCAUUAUAUAUUGUAUCGCUCAUGGUAUGGAGAACCUCUGGUUUACAUUCACUCCCGCCUGGCCAUGGUGUAGCUCUGAUCAAAUCCUUUAAACUGAGUAUUAAGAGCAUUUUAACCUUCUAAACUCCAUACAAUACCAAACCGAGUUGAGCAAUUUCCAUGAACACCAGGACUGGCUGUGA